AUGGAUUGUCCAUCUUCUUCUUCUGUUUCAGACCCAGCAGUGGAAAUCCCAAACAUCCCUGAAGAACUGAUUAUUGAAAUCCUGUCAAGGCUUCCAGUCAAACCCCUGCUGAGAUUUAGGUGUGUUUCAAAAUCUUGGAAUUCUUUAAUCUCAAGCCCAUCAUUGAUCAAAACCCAUCGGACAAAAUGUUCAAAGAACCAUGAUUAUACUCACCAUAGGCUCAUUUUUCAUACUUUUGAAAAGUGUCAAAAUGACAGGCUUAAGUUUAACUUGAAGCUGUGUCCUCUCCAUGCUGCAAUAUAUCAGCAUGAUGAUGAUGCACCUGCCACUCAGGUAACCAUCAUGGGAGAUGACUUUCUUGUUAAUUCCCUGGGAAAUAACCAUGAUUUUAACCGCGAAAUAGUUAUGGCAGAUUUUGAUGAUGGUUACGACCACAAAGUAUUUUUACUUGGUUCCUGCAAUGGACUGCUUUGUGUUUAUGUAUUUGGAGACAUUUUUCUGUGGAAUCCAUCUAUCAGGAAAUCCAAGAAAUUACCUGACUUCGGUCCUAAAUCAGGAACUGCUGCUGCCAUGUUAUACGGUUUUGGAUAUGAUGAGUCUAAUGAUGAUUACAAAGUAUAUAGAAUUUUGGGAAGUAAUCAGACAUGGGUGGAUGCGUAUAGCCAAAACACGAACUCUGGGAGAAGAAUUGAGGAUUUUAAUGGUGUGUUGAUUAAUCAAGGGGUUUAUUUUGUGAGUGGAAAGCUCCAUUGGAGUGUAGGUGGUACAGGUGGGAAAAUUGUUACUCUUGAUUUGACGGAUGGGAUGUAUGGAGAGGUGGAACAGCCAAAAUAUGGAGAGCAUCAUGUUGGUUGGAAUUUGGAAGUGUUAGGAGGAUGCCUUGCAGUAUUUUAUUAUCAUCAAAAUGGCCAUGUGGAUCUUUGGAUUAUGCAGGAGUAUGGUGUGAAAGAGUCUUGGACUAAAAUGGUUCUGAUGAUUAAUUAUCCUUACUCUAGCUUUCAAAUGUUCCAGAAGCCAGUUUUUCUACUUAAGGACGGUGAGAUAUUGUUUCAAUUUGGAGAUGGCUUAGUGCUUUACCAUCCAAAGCGCAAGUCAUGCACAUAUCCUCGUAUUGCUAAUGUGAAAGCUCUUUUGUAA